CGGCAUAUCCCACUUUUAUCACAGCUCUGCUUUUUUUUUUUUUUUCCCAUUAGAAAUUAGGGCUUCGGAAGAAGAAGAAGAGCAAACGUCUCUCCGUUUCGAUUCUUCGCUCAUCUUGAUUUACUUCUUCGUUUUUUCAGCGGGAGGAGAUGGCUUCAUUGUUCAAGGAGCAAGCAAAGCUCUCGGCUUAUCGAGAUAGAAGAUUCUCAGGAACACAAGAGGAGUUCGACGAGGCUCUAAGGACGUCUUCUACUGUUUACAUUGGGAAUGUCUCUUUCUACACAACUGAAGAACAGAUUUACGAGCUUUUCACCAGAGCAGGGGAGAUCAAAAAGAUCAUCAUGGGAUUGGAUAAGAACACUAAAACGCCCUGUGGUUUCUGUUUCGUCCUGUUCUACUCGAGAGAGGACACAGAGGAUGCAGUGAAAUAUAUAAGCGGGACGAUUCUUGAUGACAGGCCUAUUCGUGUGGAUUUUGACUGGGGAUUUCAAGAAGGAAGACAAUGGGGACGUGGUAGAAGCGGUGGCCAGGUUCGAGAUGAGUACCGUACUGAUUACGAUCCUGAUAUCCUUUUCAAUCCGCUUUUGUUUGUGCUUAAUAGUUCUUGUUUUUGCCUGCUUGCUAUAGACCUAAUCCAAUUAGGUGGUUAUGGAAAAUUAGUCCAGAAGGAACUCGAAGCACAAAGGCAGCUCGUAGAUUACGGUACUGGCUCUUUGGGAGCUUAUCCUCAAGCUGCGCCAUCGAAUUAUGGAAGUGGAAGACGUGGUGGUGGAGGAGGAAGCUAUGGCCAAGGGGGAUCAAAUCGCCAUGGAAGAGGAGGAGGAGGAGAUUACCAUCGGAAACGGCAAAGAGACGAUGAUCGGAAUGGACGGGAUAACUCAAGAAGAAACACAGAUCAUGAGACUAGGAAAGACACUGAUCAUGACAUGAGACCGGAGAAGAACCCACGAUUCCGCGAGAGUGGUGACUCAGACGAUGAUGGAGAAGAUGAUCGGAAGAGAAGAUCUUAAAAAAAAAAAAACAAAUGUUUAGAAGUUGCAAAGGUUGUUGAAGGAUCAAUGUAAUCUUUAGAUUUAUGUGUCCUGAACUCAAAUUUGGGUUUUGCAGAUUUUCAUUACAACCUUUAUAAGUUUGGUUUCACUCGAUAUGAUGUCACCAUGUACCUUUUGUCUCCUUGAUCAACGGAAAAUUAUCAUUGCUACACUUUUAGGCCGAAGAGCCCAUGUUAAUGUCCGAACCAUAUUUUGUCUUCGAAAUAUCGGGCUUCAAGUCCA